CACAUCCUAUCAGUGAAGAAGAGAAAGGGCUCUACACGUGUAUAUGCAGCACAGUCUUUCAAUAACUAUAAGUAUAUUUUUGGACUUUUGAUCAUAAUAAAACCAAGUGAAAAUGCCGAAAGUAAGGCCGGAGAAGAGGAGCAGGCAGCAUCAGGAGGUCAAAAACCAAGGCGUCAUGUUCAACACCGGCAUUGGCCAGCACAUCCUGAAGAACCCCUUAAUUGUCAAUGGAAUCAUUGAGAAGGCUGCUCUGAGGCCGACUGAUGUGGUUCUGGAGGUUGGACCGGGUACUGGUAACAUGACAGUGAAAUUGCUGGAAAAGGCAAAAAAGGUGGUUGCCUGUGAGCUGGACUGCAGAUUGGUUGCUGAACUUCAGAAAAGAGUUCAGUGCACACCUUUGCAGACCAAACUUCAAAUAUUAGUUGGAGAUGUUCUGAAAACAGAUCUGCCGUUCUUUGACAUCUGUGUGGCUAAUUUACCAUACCAGAUUUCUUCACCGUUUGUUUUCAAGCUUCUGCUGCAUCGGCCUUUCUUCAGGUGUGCCGUGUUGAUGUUCCAGAGAGAGUUUGCCAUGCGUCUGGUUGCCAAACCUGGAGACAAGCUGUUCUGCAGGCUGUCCAUCAACACACAACUACUGGCUCGAGUGGACCACCUCAUGAAGGUUGGAAAGAACAAUUUCCGUCCCCCACCAAAAGUGGAGUCCAGCGUUGUCCGAAUAGAACCAAAAAAUCCUCCUCCGCCAGUGAACUUCCAGGAGUGGGACGGCCUGGUCAGAAUAGCGUUUGUGAGAAAAAACAAAACCCUCAAUGCAGCCUUCAAAUCCACUGCGGUAGAACAGCUGCUGGAGAAGAACUACAGAAUCCACUGCUCAGUUCACAACGUGGAAGUGCCUGCAGACUUCAGCAUCAGCAAGAAGAUAGAGAGUGUUUUGCAGGGGGCAGAUUUCGGUGAGAAGAGAGCCAGGUCCAUGGACAUUGAUGACUUCAUGGUGCUGCUUCAUGCUUUCAACUCUGCAGGGAUCCACUUUUCUUAGAGACGAAGCUGUAGAGACCUUUGACUCUUGUGUUGUUGCUUUUAACAUGACAGAGGAGACAUUACUUGCAUUUGAGUAUAAAAAAUAGUUUUUGUGAACAACAUUUCCUCUUGAGCGAAGAAUUUCAGGUUCUGGAAAUAGUAUGAAAUGUAUAAAGACUAUUGGAGACACAUUUUAGCUCAUAUUGAGUUUCUAUCGGCAUGAGUACACAAAGGUUUCUUAGGGAUGCAUUACAGGCUGCAUGAGGAAGAGACAGUCUGGAUGAGUGGAUAUAAAUAAUCCAAGUGUACAACAACUGUAUUUUGAUCAAUCAGUGAGUGCAUUAUUUAAAUAAAAUCACAUUGUUCAUAAGUUUA